UACUAUUCUAUAAUUUGACGCUAUAAUCAACAUUCGUAGUGAUAAAACACCAGCUCGUAGUGAUAACAGAACUGAAAUAGAAACAAUAUAAAAGUGUUAUAACUAAUUAACUUUUUCAAAGUUAUACUGAAAUUUAAAUGGAUUCAAAAUUAAUUAUGAGCAACCUUGUCCUAAAAUUUGCUGCAAAUAUUAGUACUAUGUUCCACGAAGUUGAUGUUUUAAAUCGCUUAGAUAUGUGUCGCCGUUUCGGAUUCACUGCGUUUGAGGCUCAAAACCUGUAUGAUAUUGAUAUUGAAAAUUUACUGGCAAAGAAAAAUGGGCUUGAUAUGGUUCUUAUUAAUUCACCUCCAGACAUAAAAAGUAAUAAUACAAGCAAUAACAAUUAUUUCGGAUAUGCAUGUCUACCUGGAAAAGAGGUAGAAUUUCAGGAGUCUCUUUCCAAAGCUAUUGAGUUUGCAAAAAGUGUGGGUUGCCGAAAAGUUCAUAUUUUAGCUGGAUUAAAGGAUGGAUCUGAUAAAAAUGAAUUACGGAAAACAUAUAUUGAAAAUUUAAAAAGAUCUGCAUUAUUGUUGGAAAAAGAAAAUCUUAUUGGUGUGAUUGAACCACUGUGUCCUGAGAUUAAACCUAAUUAUUUUUUAGAUAGUUUUGAUGAUGCUAUUGAGUAUAUAAAGGAAGUUGGAAGUGAUCAUUUAAAACUAUUAUUGGAUGUAUUCCAUUUGGAAAUGUUGCAUAAAGACACACUUAAUCUAAUGAGUAAAUUUUAUCCUUAUGCUGGUCAUGUGCAGGUUUCUCAAGCUCCUGACAGAGAUGAACCAUCAGCUAAGGGUAGAAUUGAUUAUCAAAAGGUAUUUGAGCUUCUAAAUGGAUAUUCUGAUUUUAUUGGUUUGGAAUACACUCCUAAAAGUUUUGAACUUUUCCCUGACUUGGAACAUGUAAUUUGGAUGUUUUGGUAGAAAAUAUCCUGUAAAUUUGUGGUAACUUUAGGACCAAAUGAUCUUUUAGAUUCUUGUAACUCAAUUAGUAAAUAAACUACAAGCUUGCCAUCUGCGCUAAUUGUCUCUUGUGUGGUAUAAGAGUGUGUUUUUUUUACUAUUAAUGGAUGUUGCAACUUUUUUAGACCCUUUCAUAUCUAGUGUUCUUUUUGAUAC